GAACAGGGGGAGUUUGGGAAAGAAUGUGUGGAAUUUAUUUCCUGUUGAGCAGCUCAGAGCAGCAGAGGAGACGGACUGGAACAUGAAGAACAAACUGAAGUUCUGUUCUGGAACAUGAAGAACAAACCGAGGUUCUGUUCUGGAACAUGAAGAACAAACCGAGGUUCUGCUCUGGAACAUGAAGAACAAACCGAGGUUCUGCUCUGGAACAUGAAGAACAAACUGUGACUCCUGCUGCUGGUUAAAGUCGGUUCUCCUGCAGGAACAUGGCUGAACCUCUGCUUAAGAGAACGUUCUCCAGGCUGAGAGGAAAAGACCGAACAAGGAGGAAGACCGACCCCAAACUGAACGAAGCUCCGGUCCUCCAGACUUCUUCUUCACCGUCGUCGCCGUCACUGAUGACAUCAUCCAGGACGGCCUACCCUGAUUCGCCGCCUCGUAACCACAUCACGGUCGCUAAGAAGCAGCAGUGGGCACGGCAGGGCUCUUUAGCUCCGCCCUCCUCCCUGCCAGCGAUGUCCCAGGAUGCACCUGGGCAGGUGUGGAGCCAGAGAGCAGCACAGCAGCAGACUCCUCAGUUUGGAGACUGGAGGAUCUCGUCUCAGCAGCCUGAAGCUCCGUCCCAGCGGGCCUACCUGCAGAGCCUGGACCGCAGCAGCCGGGCCUGGGUUCUGUCCUCAGGAAAGUCCCAGGCCUCAGACGAAGCUCUGGGCCCUCAGGAGGACAGCGGCAGCAACAUCUGGUACAACCCCAUCCCCGAAGAGGACGACAGCAGCGGGCCCCACCGGGACGAGGAUGUCUGGAGGAGGAAGGACCGCCAGCAGGAGGCGAGGCCAGCAGACGGUCCCCUGGAGGACACCAACCCAAGCAUCAGCCGCCAUGUUGAUGACAUCACAGCAGAAUGUCCAGACUCCCCGCCCUCUGACUCUAGCCCCGCCUCCCAGAAGAAAGGAGGCGUGUCUGGUAGUGUGAUUGACAGGCUGAGGUCUCCAGGUACGGUGAGGAAACUCUCCAUGAAGAUGAAGAAACUUCCUGAGCUGCGACGGAAACUCAGCCUCCGCUCGUCCUCUCGGGCCCAUCGCCAUGGAAAUGACGGCAGAGGGGGCGGCGACGAGGCGACCAAUAAAAGUGCAGCGCUGUCCAAUCAGAAUGUGAUCAGCAGAUAUCACCUGGAUAGCUCCGCCCCUCCAGGUCGACUGCUGCGACGAUCAUCCAGAGGACGCUCAGCCAGUAAAGGAGGGUAUCUCAGUGACGGCGACUCUCCUGAGUUGUUGCCACGGCAACAGGCUCCUCAAUGCCCCCAGGAGGCGACCUGCGACGUCACCUCAUUCCGGCUGUACGUUGGUUCUGACCCGCCACGAUGCAGCCAGAGAGUGACGGGUUUACUGACUGUCCACCUGCUGGGCCUGGAGGAGAUGAAGAGCAGCAGGUCGGAGGACAGUAAGGAAGUCUUCCUGGCCAUCCAGGUGGACGGUGUGACCAGAGCCCGGACUGCCCUGCUGACGCUGAGAGGCUCCGCCCUUUGCUUAAACCACACCUUCCACCUGGAGCUGGAGCGAGCCCGGCAGCUCCGCAUCGUGAUCCUGACACCAGGUCCACCAGCACCAGGACCCAGUAGACCAUCAGCAGAUCCUUCAGGAGGUCCAACCAGGAACAGAGUUUGCUGUCUGGGUGGAGUCUCCAUCCCGCCGCUCUUCAAAGGAAGUCGCAGUCAGCAGCUCUGUGUGAAGCUGGAACCCAGAGGACUUCUCUACGUCAAAUUGUCUCUGCAGGAAAAGUGGGACACUCAGCCCAGCGGGGAUUCUUCUACGCCUGCCAAUGUGUUUGGGGUAGAACUGCAACACCUGGUGGCGACAGAAGGAUCUGCAUCACCGGUGCCCCUCCUGAUCCAGAAGACUGUGGCAGAGAUAGAACGGCGAGGCCUGAAGGUUGUGGGUCUGUACAGACUGUGUGGUUCUGCUGCCGUGAAGAAGGAGCUCCGGGAUUGGUUUGAGAGGAACAGUUCAGCGGUGUGUCUGUCUGAAGACCUCUACCCCGACAUCAACGUCAUCACAGGUAUCCUGAAGGACUACCUGCGGGAACUGCCAUCCCCUCUCAUCACUAGAACUCUGUACCAGGUGGUCAGAGAGGCCAUGAAGCUUCGACCUCCACCUGCAGCACCUGCAGCACCUGCAGAACCGGACCCUGAACUGUCUCGGAGAACCGUGGAGCUGCUGGGCUGCCUGCCACCUCCAGAGAGGGCCACCCUGUCUCUGCUCCUGGACCACCUGAGCCUGGUGGCGUCCUUCAGCCCGUCCAACAGGAUGAACCACCAGAACCUGGCAGUGUGCUUCGGUCCGGUUCUGCUGACGCCGACCCAGGAGGCCUGGAGGGGGGGAGGAGGGGGAGGGCGGGGCGGGGGGCGGGGAAAGGCUCCGAUCAGCGAGGACGUCGUGAGCGCCGUGGACUUCAAACGGCACAUCGAGGCGCUGCACUACCUGCUGCAGCUUUGGCCAGUACCAACCCAUCAAGUCCCAGCGGACUACCACGGCGACGCCUCCCCUCCUCCCUCCCCAGCCCUCACCCACCAUCCCCCGGGGCAGCGUCCUGUCCUGCGAUUGGCUGAGGAGGCGGUGGUGUCACGGCGGGGGCGGGGCGGUCCCACCCGGCUGGAGAGCCCGCCGCCAAUCAAUCGGUACGCUGGAGACUGGAGCAUCUGCGGACGAGACCUGUUGUCGGGGCAGGACGCCGACUAUGACGAGGUGGCAGGAAGUGACAGCGAUGCAGGUAGCGGAGAUGAAGAUGAGGAUGAGGAAAAGAAGGGGGCAUGGUCAGGAGCCACAGGAGGUGGAGCUCUGUAUGUGGACGAGUUCCUGGAUUUUGAUGCUCCGUUCAACUGUCGACUCAGUCUGAAGGACUUCGACACUCUGAUCCACGAUCUGGACCGAGAGCUGGCAAAGCAGAUCAACAUCUGCCUGUAGGGGAGGAAGAGGAGGAACAUCUGGCUGUAGGAGAGUAAGAGAACGAAUGGGGAUGAUGAAGAUGAAGGAUCUGACUUGAGUUCAAAGUUGUCUCCGUUAAAUUUUAUCAGAUUUCCAAAGCAUUGCUUCGUCUCUUUCAGGCCCAACACUUUCCUGAACAUUCUCAAAGGAACAAAAUAAAAUCAGAAUAAAAAACAUGAAGUUCCUGCUAACCUCAGAUCAGCUGUUAAAACUCUCAGCAGUGUUUCCUUCAUGAGGAGGUUUUUCUCCUCAGAAUUCACCAAAAAAAAACCUGAGGAAACCUUCAGAUAGAGAGCAGAUGGUUUUCUAAAAGUUCAUUACAUGUUUGUUUCUUUCUCACGGUGAUUAGAACAUUUUAAAAAUUAUCAUCCCUCAUCUGAGAGAUUAAAAGAUUCAGUAGGAAAUGACCCAAACAUUUAUAAUAUAAAAGUUCUUCAAAGAACCCAAUUUAAAAUUGUAAAAUUAGUUUAAAUUUUUAAAAAAACUAUGAACAUAAAAUAUGUGUAUAAUUAGGAUAUAUCAUUCUGACAUCAUCACGAGAUUAGGAAAAUCAUUUAUGUAAUGAAAAAAGAUUUUUAAUCUCAUAUUUCUCAUAUAAUAAGUUUCAAAAUAAUGGGAAAUAACAUUUACAGCAGCUUUAAGAACCUUUUUCAGAAUGACAUCAGUCUCAUUUUACACCAGUUUUUAUCAGAUAACUGCAAAAUGUUUAAUUACCUCCUCAAGAACCAAAUGAAAAGGGAAAAAAAUGUUUUAAAGGAAACUAGUCUCUUUAUUAUCAGACAUUUCCUGAAUCAUCAGUCCGAAAAUAAAACUGUAAAAGUCACAACAGUAAACAUAGAAGAACAUUUUAAAUGAAAGAACAAACUAACAAACGUUCUAAAAUCCAUCAUCAACAGAAGAAUAUCUGAAGGUUCUCUCAGUUCCAGUCUCAGGACAAAGAGGUUCUGAAAUGUGUCGAUGUUUGCUCAUGAACUCACAACAAAUUUAUUUAUUCUUCUGAUCCAAAGGGAGCUGCAGCUCCGAAGUUAGAACUUCAUGAAGGAGGAGACGAGUUCUCAGAGGCGUCACUGCAGGAACCAGAACCUCAGAGGUUCUCCAGGGUUCCUGUCACAGCAGCCACCCUGCAGACUCACAGUGAAGGGAACUGAGUUCUGGUCAUCAGGGUCAGAUCACAGAGGAUCCAGUGGGUCCUGCUGGGUCCUUAGUUACAGUGGACCAUUGUGGACCAUGAAGGAGCUUCAAGAUCUCUGAAGAUCUCUGUAGAUCUGUAAAGAUCUCUGUAGAUCUCUGAAGAUCUCACUGGAUCUCUGUGGAUUUUGGUGUGUCCUGGUAGAUCUUGUGUCGGACUGUUUGCACUCUUGAAGCCAUAUUUUCACUCGUUGAAACUUAAAGUUGAAGUGAACAAACUGCAGAAAUCGCUGCUCGACUGCAUCUUGCUCGACCUGAACCAACCUGCAGUCCGGAUUCUGGUUCUGUUCUUGAUUCUGAUCGUGGUUCUGGUCCCAUCCAGAUUCUAGUCUUGGUUCUGGUCCAAGUCCUGGAGCAGUGUUUGAGGAGUGCGAUGUGAGCUGCAGUGUAGGGCUGGCCCGAAUAGUGGUUUCUGGCCUCCGAAUAUUCGGGCCCUAUUAAAGACGAAUACCCGGUACCCGGAUAUUCGUUCCGCCCCGUAACGUCCGACCGGGGGGGGGGGGGGGCGGCGACGGCGGAGACGGCCCGAAUAUUCGGAUCCGUUCGUCUGGUCUCCCGGGUCCACAUUUUGCCCUCCUUAAGUCUUCAGUUAAACUGAAGAAUUCCCAAACAGCGGAGGUCUUCAGUAUCUUGUCUUGUGUUUAUGCAACGAAGUGAAGCGUGACGUCAGAGUCGGCAGCAACCCGGACAUUCGGGUGGUGGAAAGAAACAUGAAUGGAGGAGCCGAGAUGAGACGAAGAACACGGCGGGAUGAGCCGAAGUGCAGGGGAGACAGUAACGCUGCAUAUUCUUUCCGCCCGGUGACGUCCGACGGCGGGGGGGGGGGGUGAAUAUUCGGAUACCAAAAUUAAUAUCCGGAUAGUGCCGUAGCGAACAAGUAUUCGGAUAUUUGGGAUAUUCGGGAUAUUCGGGUCCAGCCCUACUGCAGUGUAAUUCAGUUUUGUUGGUACAGAGCUGUGAGCAUUCUGAAGAUGUUCUGAAGAUGUUCUGACAGUGUUAUUUGUUUUGCACAGAUUCUAUAAGCACUUAUGUUUCUAUGGCGUUUCUAUGAUGUAACCAAAGUGUUGAAGCACAGAGUUCCUGUUGGAGCUGAGCACAGUCUGUUUUAUUACCAGCAGAAAAUAAACACAGUAUUAACACCA